UAGUGGACACUAGGCAAAGAGAAGGGAAAUUGAUUCACACUCACACAAAGUGGCCCUUUUAUUAACCUUCCAUUGUCAGUCCAAGCCCUUUAUAAGUCCCCCUCAUCUACUCUUAACUCCCUACACAGAAGCUAGAGACAGAGACAUAAGAUUGAUAAAAGGAGUUUUUUUUUUUUUUUUUGUCAAUGGAGAGCAGUCAUGGUUCUUCUUUCUCUAGCUUGAAUUCUUACAUUCAGGCCCUGGCUCAGACCCCAGCUCGUUUUGCCAGGCGGGCUGGUUCAGUCUCAACUUCUUAUGAAGAAACGAGCAGGGUCAAGGCCAGGUCUGGUUCUGACAUGCAAAGAACUCUUCGUUGGUAUGACCUCGUUGGGUUUGGCAUCGGUGGUAUGGUUGGUGCUGGUGUUUUUGUCACCACUGGCCGUGCCAGCCGUGUAUGCGCUGGCCCAUCAGUUAUUAUCUCUUAUGCCAUUGCUGGUCUCUGUGCUCUCCUCUCCGCCUUUUGUUACACCGAGUUUGCGGUUGACAUGCCCGUCGCCGGCGGUGCUUUCAGUUAUCUCCGUGUCACUUUUGGUGAGUUUGCAGCGUUUUUAACCGGUGCAAAUCUUAUAAUGGAUUAUGUCAUGUCAAACGCCGCUGUUGCUAGAAGCUUCACUGCCUAUCUAGGCUCAGCAAUUGGCAUUUCCACAUCAAAAUGGAGAGUUGUUGUCCAUGUACUCCCAGAUGGCUUCAAUGAAAUUGAUAUUUUUGCAGUCCUUGUUGUCUUAGCCAUUACUCUCAUCAUCUGCUACAGCACAAGAGAGAGUUCAGUGGUGAACAUGGUGUUAACAGCCUUACACAUAUUGUUCAUUGGGUUUGUGAUACUAAUAGGAUUCUGGAAAGGAGAUCGGAAAAACUUCACAGAGCCAGCAGACCCAAAGAACCCAUCUGGGUUUUUCCCAUUCGGUGCUUCUGGUGUGUUCAAUGGAGCAGCAAUGGUGUAUCUGAGUUAUAUUGGAUAUGACGCUGUUUCUACUCUAGCUGAAGAAGUCCAUAACCCAGUUAAGGAUAUCCCUAUUGGAGUUUCAGGCUCUGUUAUAAUUGUCACCGUUCUCUAUUGCCUCAUGUCUGCUUCCAUGUCCAUGCUCCUCCCUUAUGAUAUGAUUGAUGCAGACGCACCAUUCUCAGCCGCAUUUAGAGGGAAAUCAGACGGCUGGAAAUGGGUUUCUAACUUGAUAGGGAUGGGGGCCAGCUUUGGGAUCCUUACGUCCUUAUUAGUUGCAAUGCUGGGACAAGCUAGAUACAUGUGUGUUAUCGGACGGUCCAAUGUUGUCCCUGCUUGGUUUGCUAGGGUCCACCCAAAGACAUCAACGCCCGUUAAUGCUUCCGCAUUUCUUGGAAUCUUCACUGCUGCAAUUGCUCUUUUCACUGAUUUAAAUGUCCUCCUCAAUCUGGUAUCAAUCGGCACACUAUUUGUCUUCUACAUGGUGGCUAAUGCUGUAGUUCACAGACGUUACGUAGCCAUAGGGACGACCAAUCCGUGGCCUACAUUAGCCUUCCUGUGCUCAUUUUCCUUGACCUCUAUCCUAUUCACUCUCAUUUGGCACUUCAUGCCACAAGGCAAGGGAAAAGCCGUUAUGCUCGGUGCUUGCGCGGUGAUAGCGAUUGCAAUAAUACAGCUCUUUCGUUGCUCGGUGCCACUAGCAAGUAAGCCUGAAUUUUGGGGUGUUCCAUUGAUGCCAUGGAUACCAUGUGUAUCUAUCUUCUUGAACAUAUUCUUGUUGGGGUCUCUUGGGGGUCCGUCCUAUGUGCGGUUCGUCUUCUUUUCAGCUCUUGCUGUGCUUGUAUAUGUUCUGUACAGUGUCCAUGCUAGCUUCGAUGCUGAAGCAGAAGGCUCUUUCGGUCAAAAGAAUGGUGGGAUUGUGAAGGAAUCAGGAGAGAGCGAUCAGGACCCUAGUUUCAAAGUGUAAAAAAAUUGUCUUUCUCAUUUACCUUUUCCUUGGUAGUGACCUCUGCUUUUUGAGUGGUUGAUGGAUACCAGGGGAGAAAAAGGAAGGCUUAGAAUAGAAGGAAUUUUGCCUAAGUGGCUGCUUGUAUAGUUGGUGAAGGGAGGUGGACUUGAAAUUAGGCUGUGUGAUCCUUUGUACAUCAGCUCAUGUGAUCCAUCAACUACUAUUAAAUUUGCUCGUUUGACUUGAACAGUUCAUGAAUGAAGCGUAGCAUAGAAAAGA